UUUCUCGGCGUCAAACAACACAAGACAAAUGCAUCUUGUGUAAGCAGCCCUGCCACGAAGGGAGAAAAAAAUAAAGAAAAAAAACCCCCAGCACCGCCAUCAAGGAUCAGUUCUUACAUACACCUCUCUUAACGGGACAUGUGGCUGUUGGCAUUUAUCAUGACGCCGCCCAAAUGCCCGAACUGAGUAAGCCAGCCGAGCUGCAACGUUGCCGACAGGCCGAUCGACGCCGUUCUUUGUUGGCGGCUACGGGCCGGGCCCAAUUCAACGUCGUCUAAUCUAUGAUCAGAGGACACUGCCACACUUUCCAGGCAGUUCUUCAUGUUUGUGCGUGGCAGAUGGGUUCGUGGUCUGAUCAGAAACACAUCAGACAGUUACAUGCGUAGAAAAGCAUGGUCACUGGCGACUGCACCAUGUACUAACUGCAGGCUGAUGCACAUGAGCGUUACUCGAUUGUUGAUUUUUUUCCAAGCGCUCUGGAUCCUCUCUAAAACCCUAGAAAUUAUUCAUUGCACAGACAGGAGGCUUAAUCCAUCCAUUUUUAAUUUGUCCGACUCAUUUCUGCGACAACCACAGUCGUGGCCAGAGUUGAUACUGAUUCAUGAUGGGUAUAGUCAAGCAAAGUCAACAAAAUAAAGUAGAAUAAAAUGAGCAACUCGGUAUGAAUAAGCUCAAAUACAGCUAGCUUGUCACAAUUUUUUUUUUAG